AUGGCGUCGCGAUGGGCGGACACGGAAGCCGACAAAGCAGAAGAAUUGCGUCGCAAGAAAGAGAAGGAAGAAAAAAAGCGUCUCAAGCUAUUGAAACAGCAAGAAGCCGAAGCCGCUCAACAGGCAGCAUCGUCACGACCCGCCAAGCGCCGUCGACUAUCAUCCGGCGACAACAAUACCAACGCCCCAGCACCAAGUGAACCCCAGGCCGAAAGAAAGCUGCUACGCUUUGAUGGCGGUACCUGGUCUUCCUGCCGCCACACCUCCAACUUCCAAACCCUCAACCCCAUCGAAGAAGGAUCCUACGGCUUCGUCUCCCGCGCCCGUUCCCUAUCCACCUCGUCCAUCGUCGCGCUCAAAAAAGUAAAAAUGGACUACGCACAGGACGGUUUCCCCAUCACCGCGCUCCGCGAAAUCAGCAUCCUGCAAAAAGCCCGGCACACCAACAUCGUCACCCUGCACGAGAUUCUCGCCGGUGAUGAUCCAACCGAGUGCGUGCUGGUCAUGGAGUUCGUCGAGCACGAUUUGAAGAACUUGCAGGAGGAUAUGGGUGAGCGGUUUUUGGCGUCGGAGGUCAAGACGCUGUUGAAGCAGUUGGUUGGCGCGGUCGAGUUUUUACAUGCGAAUCACAUUAUGCAUCGGGAUCUUAAGACGUCGAACAUUCUCCUUUCUAACCGCGGCGUGCUCAAACUUGCGGACUUUGGCAUGGCGCGAUAUAUCCCGCCCGCAAAUGCGCCGUUGACGCAACUCGUCGUCACGCUGUGGUAUCGCGCGCCGGAACUCCUGCUCGGCACGACGACGUAUGGCACGGAGGUCGAUAUGUGGAGCAUCGGAUGCAUAUUCGGCGAGCUUUUAAGUAAAGAACCGCUACUCCAGGGCAAAAACGAAGUCGACCAAUUAUCCCAAAUAUUCACGCUGUGCGGGCUACCCAGUGAGAAGUCAUGGCCGGGGUUCUAUCGCUUGCCAAACGCCAAAUCACUAAAACUCCCACGCGACCACUCCUCCCCGGGAUUCAACAGGAGUAAAUUCCCUUUCUUGACGGCAACGGGCGUGGAGCUGCUGUCGUCCUUAUUAUCGCUGAAUCCGGAGGGUAGACCGACUGCGAAAGAGGUGCUGGAGCAUGAGUAUUUUAGGGAACAGCCGAAGCCGAAGCCAAGUGAAAUGUUUCCUACGUUUCCGAGUAAGGCGGGGCAGGAGAAGAGGAGGAAGAAGAGCCCGCAUGCGCCGAAGAGAGGAGAGAGGGGCGGAGGUUUAGGAGGGCUGGGGGGCAGUGUGGAUUUCAGUGGGCUGUUUGCGGGCAGAGAAGAUGAGGAGAGGGGUGGAGGUUUCCAGCUGAAGAUGGCUUGA